AUGGCAGCGGAAGCCGUAGGUGUGUAUCCGGCUCUGGAGGACCGUCCGGUAAAGGACACGAUCUGUCUUUUCGAUGUCGACGGUACAUUGACUCCUGCGAGAAGAACUAUCUCUCCCGAAAUGCUCCAGCUCCUCUCUCAAUUGCGUCAUAAGUGUGCUAUUGGAACUGUUGGUGGCUCUGAUCUUGCCAAGCAGCAAGAGCAACUAGGCACAUCCUCAACAAAAGUUUCCUCACUUUUCGAUUUUUGCUUCGCCGAAAAUGGAUUGACUGCAAUCCGCUUGGGCAGGUUCCUCGCCAGCAACAGCUUUAUCGCCUGGAUUGGGGAAGAGAAAUACCAGAAGUUGGCUAAUUUCUGCCUCAAAUACAUCGCGGAUCUGCAGCUUCCAAGGAAGCGUGGUACGUUCAUCGAGUUCCGCAAUGGAAUGAUUAAUAUCAGUCCCGUUGGCCGCAAUGCCAGUGUUGACGAGAGGAAUGAAUUCGAAGCCUAUGACAAAAAGCACAACAUCAGAAAGGACUUUGUAGAAGCCCUCAAGACGGAAUUUCCUGAUUACGGUCUUAGUUACUCGAUUGGUGGCCAGAUCUCAUUUGACGUUUUCCCAACCGGCUGGGACAAGACCUACUGCCUGCGCCAUAUCGAAGCCGAGAAAGAUCUCUCAGGCACUGAGUACAAGACCAUUCAUUUCUUCGGAGACAAGUCUUUCCCUGGCGGUAAUGAUUAUGAGAUAUAUAGCGAUUCUAGGACAGUUGGGCAUGCGGUCAAGGAUCCUGAAGAUACCAUGAAGCAGCUGAAAGAAAUAUUCCAGCUGUAG